GGGCUCUGCCGGACUGAGCUGGGUGAUUGCAGGCUGCAGAGCAGAGCAGAGAGAGAGACGCCCCUGUUCCCUUACUUUGCCAUGCUGCUCUGAGCUGCUCUGUGCUCUUCGCACUAACAUGGAUCAGGAGGACAUCUCCCCCCUCAAGCACUUUGUGAUAGCCAAAAGGACCAUCAACUGUAUCUUUGACCAGCUGCAGGACUUUGUUAGAGAAGGCUCUGUGUUUGUCAAGGAGACGUGGCACAGUGAGGACCUGGAACAGGUGGCUGUGGAGGAUCAGUGUGUGCAGAUGCAGGCCUGUACGAGGAAGCUGACCAUCAUCAGAGAGGUGCUGGCCCGCAGGCACAUGAAAGUGGCCUUCUUUGGCAGAACGAGUAACGGCAAGAGUACAGUGAUCAACGCCAUGCUGCGGGAGCGGGUGCUGCCCAGUGGCAUCGGCCACACCACCAACUGCUUCCUGAGUGUGGAGGGCACGGAUGGCGACAUGGCCUACCUCACCACCGAGGGCUCAGACGAGAGGCAGAACAUUGAGACGGUGAAUCAGCUGGCCCAUGCGCUACACAUGGACCCAGACCUGGACUCCGGCUGCCUGGUCCGAAUGUUCUGGCCCAAGACCAAGUGUGCCCUGCUGAGAGACGACCUGGUGCUGUUGGACAGCCCGGGCAUCGAUGUCACCUCUGAGCUCGACAGCUGGAUCGACAAGUUCUGUCUGGACGCUGACGUCUUCGUGCUUGUGGCCAACGCCGAGUCCACCCUGAUGAACACGGAGAAGCACUUUUUCCACAGAGUGAGUGAGAGGAUCUCGAAGCCCAACAUCUUCAUCCUGAACAACCGAUGGGACGUCUCAGUAUCGGAGCCAGAGUACUUGGAAGAUGUGCGGAAGCAGCACAUGGACCGCUGCCUCAGCUUCCUGAUGGACGAGCUGAGGGUGGUGGACGCCCGGCAGGCCCCCAACCGCAUCUUCUUUGUGUCGGCUAAGGAGGUGCUGAGCUCCAGGAUGCAUCGAGCCCAGGGCAUGCCAGAGACAGGUGGUGCCUUGGCGGAGGGAUUCCAGGAAAGACUCAAGGAGUUCCAACGUUUUGAGAGAACGUUUGAGGAGUUUAUUUCACAGUCAGCGGUGAAGACCAAAUUUGAGCAGCACACCAUCCGAGGUUGGCAGAUCACGGAGUCUGUGAAGGACAUCAUGGACGCUAUCAACAUCACCUCGGCAGAGAAGAAGGUGCUCUCUCUGGAGGAGCGGGAGUCACUCAUGGACCGGCUGGAGUUCGUGCGCAAUCAGCUUAACGUGCUGACCGAGGAUGUGAAGGAAAAGAUCAAGGCCACGGCUGACGAAGUGGCCGCCAAGGUGACUGCUGCCAUGGUUGAGGAGAUCAAGGGUCUGUCUGCUCUGGUGGAGGAGUUCUGCUCGGACUUCAGCCCGGCCCCUAAUGCCUUAGCUCUCUACAAAUCAAAGCUGCAGGCAUACGUGGAGGAGAGGAUGGGAAAAAACCUGGCCUUCCGCUGCUCCAGUAGUAUCAGUGGCUACAUGCAGUCCUCACAAAGAGACAUCAUGGAGAGCAUACGUCCUCUGCUGCCCCCUACUGCCAGGGGCAACCUGCACCUCCACCUCCCCAGCCACAAGUUUGACGUCUCCUACGACCUCAACUUUGCCACCCUCUGCACAGACUUCCAGGGCAACGUCGAGUUCCAGUUCUCCUUGGGAUGGACGGCCCUGGUCAACCGCUUCCUCGGGCCGGCCCAUGCCAAGCGUGCCCUGAUAUUGCUGGACGAGAACAUUCAGGCAGCUGGAUUUGCUUCAACUCCCAGGGACCCCCAGGCCCAAGAGGACCUCGCCAUCUCCAUGGCAACCAAACUGGCAUCUUACACCUCCAGAGCCUCCAUGGGGGUCGUGGUCAUUGGAGGAGUGGUGUGGCGAUGCCUCGGCUGGAGGCUGAUAGUGAUUUCUGUGAGCCUCUACGGCCUGCUCUACCUGUACGAGAGGCUCACCUGGACCAAUGGCUCCAGAGAGAGGGUUCUGAAGCAGCAAUUUGUGGACUUUGCUACCCAGCGGCUCCUGGCCAUCACACCCAUCACCAGCUCCCACUGCAGCCAGCAGGUCCAUCAGGAGAUGGUGGCCACGUUCAGCCGCCUGAGCCAGCAGGUGGACAAGAGUGAAGGUGAGCUGGAGGCAGACAUCUGGCGGGUGAACUGCAGGAUCCAGCGGCUGGAGGGGGUUCAGAAGCACUCCAAAACCCUUAGGCACAAAGCGACUGAUCUGGAGAGACAGCUGGAGGCCUUCACCUCCCAGUAUCUGCAUGCCACACCCUGAGGCCUGGAGACUUCCAGAAGCAUGGGCCGCGUAAAUAAUUCAUCCGACAUGUUUAAAACUGCAGCGGAGAAAAAGCAGGGAAUAAAAGCCAUAAUGGUGCUACUGACUCCAUGCAGCUUUCAACUGACACUGAUUUCACUGUGAAUCUGCUCUCUCUCUGGCUCCCACGUGCGUUGGCAAGGGGAUACAGGACAAGGCUAUUUGGUCCUAGUAAUGGUCUUGUGUUGAUACCUGCCAAACAGGUGCCAUUAAGCCCUGUGCAUAAAUUCACAAUGCUUGUUUUGUCCGAAAGGACUAGUUUAACACGGAAAGCAUCAGGAACUAGACAAAUACUGCAUGUUCACUGAGGUUUACUAGGUUACCACUAGAAAGGGACAGAAGAAUGUAUUGAUUGACUGAAAAUAUUUAAAAAGAUUAAGACCUGAUGUUAUACUAUUUAAUUAUCACAUUACAUUCUGUUUGAUGUUAAGUUUUUUUUAUUGGUUACAAGAACAUAUCGCCACAUCUGGGUACAACAGUACAACUGUACAGAUACAAAACAAUCUGGUGUACAAACAAAGAAAAUGUUUCAAAAAAGAAAAAAAAUUAAUUGCAAGUGAGCAUUCACACAACAACACUGCAGGAAAAUAUGAAUCCCUGGGUUUAGAAAACAAUUAUUACCAAACAUCAAGGAAUUUUGGAUAUACUGGAGUCAAAAGGCAGUGAGUUCUGUCAAAAGAUUGAGAAUGUGGCAGGAAUGCAAUUUCAAGCUGAUGCUUACAUUUCAGAAAAAAAUCAAAACAAAUAAA